AUGGCUUUAAGCACAGAUCCUCGGUUCGUGCAAGGCGAUGGCUCGCCGUGUGGGUGUCGUCCAUGGAAACAGGACGCCGAAGACGCCGAAGAAAGGCCGUUGGUUGAUAUUGCACCGUCUGUACUGCGGGAUAUUUACGCCAGUGUAUGCAAUUGGGUCUCUUUCUACGAUGAAGGCCCUUCAACGCUAUAA